AUGGAUGACGAAUAUCUUGACAGAGCCGAAGGAUCUGAAGGGGGUGAAUUUGAAAGCGAAGACAAGCAUGAGGAUGCGGAAGACGGUUCAGUACUGAGCGACCAAACAGAUGACGAUGAUACCCAUGAUCCAGCCCAAACAGAUGAUUCAUAUCUCGGAGACCCCGAGUUUGCAGAUUCUCACAUCCAUGCCGAUGAUGGCGGUGAUACUAGUUCUCAUCACGAAGCCACGGACGAAGAUGUGUUUAGCGACAAGAGCCCACGAAGCUCUCUAGGGUCGUACGAUGCCGUUUCCGAGUCCGACAAGGCACACAAGGACUUUGACAAUAUGACAACCGCGACUCGGUCACCUCGAGUUUCCGAUAUUUCAUCAUACGAGCGGGAAUAUGAGAAGGGAGAUUUCAUUCCUACCGUUAGAGGAACACCGCGCCCGCCGUUUCGGACCCCUUCGGAUGUGCGAGCCAUGCAGAUGUCAUCGCCGCCAUCUUCGGUCCUCGGUUCUCCUCGAUCUACAAAGAGGCAGUUUCCUACAGUUUCUCGCUUAGGAACGCCCACAGCCUCCGCCCAGUAUUCCCCGAAGAGGAUGUCCACCCCGCCGCGUUUUAAGGGACGUAAGGAGGCACCUCUCGUCCUACUCCAUGUCACAUUGUUACCACUAAGGUGGGCAUGGGGCAAUCUACUUAACAAUCUCGAUACGGAUGAUGUGAGCGAGCAGGUGAAGACUCUCCAAGAAUCAUGGAGACUCCUACAAGACCGAAUUGGCGACACCGUCAUCGAGAGAGGUAUACUUCUAGGCCAUCCUCAGAAUGACUAUGAGGUUCUCGAGGAGCGCCUGCUCGAAGCGUUAGAGUUGCCGUUCCGCAGACGAGCUCGGAUCUUGGAAUGCGGUCAUUAUCUCGGUCCUGCCAACGAGUCAACCCUGACCGAAGACGAAGAGAGCGAAGAUGAGUGGAGUUCCCAACGAUCUCGUGCUGGGGAUAAGCGACACUGGUGUGACACUUGCAAAAGCGAGAUUCGCGGUGACUCUCUCGGCUCGGAAAAGAUCUUUCGGGUUAAGGUCUAUGCCAGCAACGGGUUGAUGAGGGCUGGUGCCUGGGAAGCUUGCUGGAAAGAGAUGGAGCGUGUAGACGUUGAACUGGAACCCAUCGUAGAGCCCGCUUUGCAAGAGGAGUUAGUCCAUCUCGCCGCGAUUCAUCAAGAGGCAAAUAUUGAAAAGGAGACCACGCAGCAUCAGAGGGAACGGACCGAUAUGGGCUCUCAAUUUGGGGCCUCCUCACCCCAGCCAGAGCCGUCCCGCGUUGGCACACCUAUUUCUGCAGAGGAGCGGCUCCGGCAAGAUGAAGAACGGCUUCGCGAGAUCUAUGGACAUUCGCCACCACCACAAUCUCAGGAGCCGUCGGUUCAUCCAGGUCAGGACAAGGGGUCACAUGUGCCACCACCGCCUCCCUCCGACGACGCCUAUAAACAAAAGAAACCACAUCAGGCUGCCUACCAGAACGCGUCGUUCCCUGAGCUUCUACUUCAGUCUAUGAGGGUUUUAAUACAAGACGGCAGGAAUGUUGCCAUCUUCACUCUCAGCAUUUUUGUGCUUAUGCUUGCCUUCCGGAACGCUCCCACUCCGGCUGAGCCCGUCUACGAGCCAGUGAUCCACCGGAUGAGAGACGUCCCAAUCGCGCGCCGCGCCCAGGCCGUCGAUAUACCUCAGGUACCUACCGUCCAGGCAGCAUCACUAGAAGAAGAGCAAUACGAAUCUGAAGUGAAACCUAUCAUUUCUGAAGAACCUACAAGUAUGACGUCUGCUCAUGAUACGAUACAGACCGAACCUAUAGUGGCUGAGACGGACUAUCAAGACGAUCUAGAAGUUGUAUUGCAGCAGGACAUAUCCACCAGCGAGCCUGCAGCGGCUCCUAUGGAUUACCAGGAGGGGUCCGUUGCCGAAGAACCUCAGCAAGAGACAACUCAAAGCGAAGCUGAACCAGUCUCAGCGAUUUAUGAAGCUUUAGAAGUUGCAAUUGAGCCCACAGCAGCCCAGGACAGCACAGCAACGGCGACAAGCAUAUCCACUGUCUAUGAGCCGUGCAGUACAUUCGCAGGCGCCUACGACCAGUUUAUAUACAUGGCACUUAAGUCGGAGCAGACCGAAACUGUAACAGAGAAGAAAGUGGUUCGAGUCUUCCACACAGUCACGGAGACGGAGCUGGAGACGGCUACUGAAACCGUCAAGAUGUCUGCCACUGAUGUUUCAACCGAGGCUACACCAUCUGUUGCUACGGACGAUGUUGCUACGGAUGAUGUUACUAAAGAUGAUGUUCCCCUUGAUCUAACUCCAGUCAUGUCAUCGGAGAAAGAGGAGCCAACGGUGGCUGAAGUUGUGACCGAAGCUAUGACGGAGGAAAUCGAAUUGUAA